GCCAGACUCGUGCAUGAGGCCAGCACCACAAUCCUGAGCCGGACAUUCACCGCCAGCGUAGUACAAGCGCCUUCCGUCCAGCCAAACUGAGUCAAUCUCUGAUUGACGGAACAAGAGACAGGGAAUGGACCAGGAAAUGCCGGAAUCACCGAGCCUGAUCGUCUCCAUCAAACCCAAUGGUGUGGCCAUACUGGAGUUGAACAGACCAAGCAAACGGAACGCAUUGUCACAGGCUUUGAUUGAUGAACUUACAGGGGCGUUAGGCCAGCUUGACCGCAGUCCGACAACGUUUGUCGUUAUUCUGACCAGCUCCGGGCCGUUCAGUGCCGGGGCAGAUCUAAGUGAGAUGGCAACGCUUACAACGGCGGAAGCAACACGCAUCGGAUGGCUCAAAGACUUGGACGAGGCCAUGUCCAGCUUCCGGAAGCCAGUGCUAGCGGCGGUGAGAGGUUUUGCAUAUGGCGGCGGUUUCGAGCUUGCACUGAUGUGCGAUAUGAUAUUUGCAUCGGCGGAUGCUCGAUUUGGCUUUCCAGAAGUCACAUUGGGGACGAUUCCCGGGGCUGGUGGAACGCAAAGGCUCACCAAAACCGUUGGCAAGCAGAAGGCCAUGGAACUUAUAUUAACCGGAGUGCCUGCCACGGCCGCCGAGAUGGAGCGUCUUGGUGUUGUGAACAGAGUUGUCCAGGGCGAUGGAGACAUUCUAAUGGAUGUGACCAUGAAAACGGCACAGACUAUAGCAUCUUUCUCAGCACCAGCGAUUGGGCUAGCGAAACAAGCUGUCCUAGCAGCCGAGACGACAACCUUGAGAGCCGGGUUGGAGAUUGAGCGUGCAUUGUACUACAGCAGCUUCUCGCUUGCUGAUUGCCGGGACGGGAUCUUGGCGUUCAAGGAUAAGCGCAAGGCAUGUGUUCAGCAUCGUUGAGCGUGGGAUGCGAUGGUUUCUCGGAGUCUGUAUACUCUUUCGUCAUCCUUUCGGUCCUUCUCUGCGCACUACCCGCAGCAUGCUUUUUUCCCCAAUAUCGAAAAUCAAUGUUCGACUGCUUUACCG